UGCUACUCUGGCCUGUUUUCUCAGAAGAUCUGGUUUCACUUUUACUGCUGCAUGGUUGUUAGAACAUUUCCUAAAAUCCUGCUCUAGUUUCUCUCCUGUUGAGUUUGAUUCCUGACUUUUCACCAUGAGUGUGGAUUGGAUUGGCUUUGGUUAUGGUAUGGUCGUGGCUCUUGGAGGUAUCGUAGGAUAUAUUCGCAAAGGCAGUAAAAUCUCAUUGGUUGCUGGCCUUUUCUUUGGCUUGCUGGCUUGUUAUGGAGCAUAUUGGGUAACUCAUGAUCCCAAAGAUGUAAAGAUAUCAUUAUUCACAGCGUUUAUGCUUACCACUAUAAUGGGAGUGAGGUUUAAAAGGACCAAGAAACUAAUGCCAGCUGGAAUCAUAGCAGGUCUAAGCCUGGUAAUGGUUUUGAGACUUGUCUUCCGGCUCAUAUGAGAGAAGGAGUUCUUCCAGAUUUCCAUGCAAUCAGACAAAAGGUUCUUUGAAUUAUGAAUGUCCCUUCUGAAAGAUCAACCAUUUUUGUUGUGAUAAUUAUGAUAUAAAGGCGGUGUUAUUCCUCAUGGACUCAGAAUUGCAUUCAUUCCUUAUGUAUGUGGGGCUGCAUUCUUUAAUGUUUUAAAUAACAUUUUGUUGGCUUAUGUCUUUGUUCAGACCAGUGACUGACUUGGUCUUUAAAUUAUUAUUUUAAUUUGUGGGAUGAGAUUUCAAUUUAUGCUUUAUUCCCCCUGGAAUGAAUAGAAGCCACAGGACUUUUAAAACUCAGGUUUGUCAUAUAUAGUGACACCUAAUAAAGUCAUACCCAGUCCUGGAUGAUGAUAAUUUCAUAGAUCCAGGUAUGCAGUAAUACAAACUUACUUAUAUGGAUUAUAUCAUAUUUCAGUUCUGUUAAAAGAUUAAUAAAUGCUGUAUUAAUUUCAUAUAAUACUAAAAACAUUUUUAGCUUUGAAACAAGUCUUGCUUGUGUCUUGAAAUGCAAAAGUUAACAAAUUCCAUAUUAAAAAUAAAAACACUUUAAUAUUUUGGAUA